CGACUACAUCCAAGGUUCACCGCAUCGAGGGGAUGAGCUCUUCUCGGUUCGAAUGAUUUAUUCGUUUGUUCCACGUACGAAGGACUGCGAAAAUUAUUCGCGGACGAGACGAGACACUCGAGGCGUUUUGAUCGCAGGGAGGAGUUCCAACUCGUCGUCGUGGAAACACAAAAAGGAGGAGGCUCCCGGGCGCGUCGAUGGCUAAAUAAUGUCGAAGAGCAUUCCCGAUACCCGAGCCGCGGUGCCGAGCGCCAAGUCGACGAUCGGGAAGUUUUAGUGCUGCUACGAGCGCGAUACACUACAACUACGACGACGAGGAGGAGAAGAAGAAGAAGGAGGUGGACGAUCGACGCAGUGGCUGAAUUCUAAGUAUACUGUGAUGCGAAUAAACGUACCCGCGCGAUCGGUUGCUAUCCCGCGAUUCUCGUGGUCCUCGUUGAGGAAGGACGCAAUCUCCGAGUAAGAAAUUGCGCGAUAUACGAGCCGAACAACCGUUAAUCGCGCACACAUACUAACAUAUAUAUAUAUAUAUAUAUACACACAUACAUACGUAUAUAAAAUAUAUAUAUACACACACAUACACAUCUACGCGGCCAAGCUCGCGCAAGAUAGAUUUUCCCCAGUCUCUCCUUCCUGAAGAUCCGAGGCGACGAGCCUUAACGCCGUGUUUUGUUUCUCGCGCCUUCUCGAGCGCGACAGUGCGAUGUUUCGAGGGUCGCGCGCCUCGUGAGAAGAGAGGAAGAUCCGAGAGAAAUCCUCGCCAUCCCUCUCCGCCUUCGCUCUCUGGCCCUCGGCGAAGCCGCGUGCAGAGGCGAGAAAACCGAGUAGGGAGGAGUCACAGAAGGAGGCGAAGCUGAAAGAGGAGGAAGCAGGAACAAUCAUGGACGGAGAACGACCUCCUCCCCCACGGCCUCUCGGGAUGGCAUCGUCCACGGGGGCCGGAUCCGCGACGACGAACGGCAGCACCGAGGAGCUGGACGGCGGCGAUCUCUUCGGCGGAGGCAACCCUGGGGACGCCCUGGAGGAAGGCUGCGGCAACGGCGAGGCCAGCGAUCAGAUCUGCGCCGUUUGUACGAGCAAGCUCUGCGCGCCCAGGGUGCUCACCUGUCUCCACGUGUUCUGCGAGGCCUGUCUGGACAAGCUGCUGAUGGACGAGGCCGGGGACUCGAAGGUCGGCUCUGUCAUCAGCUGUCCCGUGUGCCACCAAGAGACUUCCGUUAGUUCUAAGGGCGCCGCGUCGCUCACGUGCGACUACGUUCUCACCAAUAUAUUGGACAUGUCCGCUAUCGAAAACAUGGCAGUACUGUGUACCUCCUGCAAGGCCAAAGAGAGCGCCGUGGCGCGCUGUUCGGACUGCGCCAAUUUUCUCUGCCCGAACUGCAACACGGCGCAUCAGUUUAUGCGUUGCUUCGAGCACCAUAAGGUUGUCGCCUUCGAAGACUUGAAGCAGUCCAACGAAGCUAUUCCGAUACACAAACCGAUAUUCUGCGAAUGCCAUCCCGCUGAGAACAUGAAGUUCUACUGUCACACAUGCCAGGAACCUAUUUGCAAUGAAUGUCUGCUUGUGGAGCACAAAGCACCGGAGCAUCAAUAUGAACGACUAACGGAUGCGGAACCACGACAGAAAGAAGAAUUAGUCAAUUUGAUGACUGAAAGUAAAGUAAAAAUUGUUGAGUGCGAUCAGGUAUCGGCACAAUUGAAUAAUGCACUUAGCGAGCUGCAAGUACAACGUGACCAAGCGAAAGAUUUAAUUAUAGAGACUUUUCAAAGUUAUAAGGCAAUAUUGGAGAAAGUUAAAAAGAAUACAUUAACCGAACUCGAUAAAUUGCAUUUGGACAGAGAACUUGAAAUCAUGGAUACUAUUCACAGUGUCGCAAAAACCGUAGAAAAGAUAGGUGAUGCUUGUCGUUUUACUUCGAGACUCCUAGAACACGGUGAUGCAGUGGAGAUUUUGGCCCUUCGCCGUAUUGUAGGAGGUCAAUUGAUGAAUUUAGUUAAAAAUACACCAAAACAUAAUGUAACAUUCUCUAUCGAAUUUCAAACGGAUUAUAAUCAUUUUGAGAAAACUGUAAAGGAGGUAUUUGGGAAAUUUCAUACUGAAAGUACACCAGAAGUGAAACCUCUUCCUGAACCAAUUUCAACAGUAUCAGGAGUCUCUACGAAUCAACAAAUUGUUCACACCACUUCAAUGGGUUGUCCAAGUUCCAUCAGCACAAGUUCUCCCAUUUCACUUCCCACGUCGAUGCAAUCCUCUUUUGAAGGUGAACCCUCAUUUGUUAUACCACCAACUUCAAGUCCUCAAAAUAUUCCACCACCUCCACCACCUGUACCUCUUCCACCAGGUACGGUUCCUAUCCACGGACUGACUAGUAUCCAAGAAUACAAUCUACAACAACUGGCCAGUUUAGCGGAAAAGGUAGAGAUGGUGGGCGAUACUGGUGUAGUUGGACCUAGUUCAAACCCUAGUCCAACUCCGUCCUUCACUUUGGCAGACUUAUUUGCUGGGGAUCUAAGUUCAACAAGCCAUGCCAUCAAUAAUUUACAAGCUCUCGCAAAAUUAGGAAAUACUCUUGGUAAUCAAGAUCUAGGAAAUGCCACUAUUAAUGGCAGUGGUGGAUUAGUAUUGGGACGUGGACCUUCACCAGCCAUUGUAGAUACCCCAAAUCUGGGUCCUUUGGCUGCCAAUAAUCUUUUAAAUGGAGGAUUUCAGCCACUGUCCUCUUCCACUUCACCAAUACUUUCACAGGGUGCUGAUGACUUAAUAGGUGAUUCUAUGCAUAACAUGCCUGUAGUAGUAGGAAAUACCGUUGCCAAUGUAACUGGAUCAGGGACAGGAAAUUACCCUGCUCACCCGAGAUCUCAGAAUACGAAAUUGACGCCUAUGCAUAUCCGGAGCAAAUUUGGACAGUUAGGACCCAGUAAAGGGCAAUUCAAUUCUCCUCAUGGAUUUUGUCUGGGAACUGAUGAAGAUAUUAUCGUUGCAGAUACAAAUAAUCAUAGAAUUCAGAUUUUUGAUAAGACUGGUACCUUCAAAUUUCAAUUUGGUGUUCCUGGUAAAGAGGAGGGACAAUUGUGGUAUCCCAGGAAAGUGGCCGUCAUGAGAAAUAAUGGCAAAUUUGUUGUAUGUGAUCGUGGAAAUGAACGAUCUCGAAUGCAGAUAUUUACAAAGAACGGUCACUUUAUUAAGAAGAUCGCUAUUCGUUACAUCGAUAUCGUAGCUGGCCUAGCUGUUACCAGCCAAGGACAUAUUGUGGCUGUUGACAGUGUGUCGCCAACUGUGUUCGUAAUCAGUGAUACUGGAGAUCUUUUGAGGUGGUUUGAUUGCAGUGAUUAUAUGAGAGAACCAAGUGAUAUCGCUAUCAGUGGCAAAGAAUAUUUUGUUUGCGACUUCAAGGGACAUUGUGUCGUCGUGUUUAACGAAGAGGGUAAAUUCCUGCGUCGCAUCGGCUGUGAGAAUGUAACAAACUUCCCAAACGGGAUUGAUAUUAGCGAUGCAGGAGAUGUAUUAAUUGGAGAUUCACAUGGUAAUCGUUUUCAUGUAGCUGUCUUCUCUAGAGCUGGCUCUUUAAUUUCCGAAUUUGAAUGUCCAUAUGUAAAGGUGUCUCGAUGUUGCGGCUUGAAAAUAACUUCAGAGGGAUAUAUUGUAACACUGGCCAAAAACAACCACCAUGUCCUUGUAUUAAACACUCUUUAUAUAUUGUGAAGUGGCAUCAGACGAGUAAGUAUGUUGUAACUUUCUCCUUCGAAUGAAAACUUCUUUGGAAACUGCUUUCAACGAAAGAGAUGAGAAGGGCAUGCCCAAGGCAUUACGUUCCAAUUUUGGGCCUAUCGAAGCAAUAGAAACAAGUGCAGCAUGCAGCUUUAAUAGUUGUAAAAAUAUAAUGCGUCCCCGUUUUAUGAAAGUAACAAUAUUGAAAACAAAAAAAAAGCAGAAAGAUAAUGUACGUCUCCGACCAAACAGUAUAAUAGUAACUUAGCAAUUUGCAUUUUGGUAAACUGCCAAAGUAAAUUAAAUUAACUAAGUGAAACCAGUUAAUUGAGAGAAAGAAA